AAAGAAAAUGGGAUAACAUUUUUGAACAGGUGGCGCUGCUGUCACUGCAUAAUCAUCGCCGCCAGUUGAUGGAGAAACUUUAUCCCCCCACGUGGACCAGAUGACCAAAAUCAUCUUGCACAGCUAUGACAUCCUACGGCAGCAUUCCUGCAGAGCCUACUGACGACAACCAGCAGGUGGGAGAGGAGACUGUACAAAACACUCGUGCUCAAUGGCGUGUAGAUCUCGGAGAAAAGUUGGAAUGCAGUUCAAUUCACUGGACUAUUCUCUGGCUUACCAUCGUUGAUUCCCUUUGUGUCCUCCUUGAGAUUGUAAUUACUUUCUUCGAAGAAUGCUCAAGAGAGCCUGUGGAAUCGAUCUUGCUUUACAACUCAGGGCUAGCGGAUCACUGGGCGGUUGUGACCGCUGAGUGGGUCAGCACAGGCAUCACCUGCUUGUUCUUGGUCGAAGUCUUGUUGACCAUGGUCGCUUUCGGGCCAUCCUAUUAUUCGCCUGGCUCUCCGCACUGGAUAAUGCAUAAUCUGGACGCCGCAGUCGUGAUAACGACCUUUAUCUUGGAGAUCAUACUAAAGGGCAAAGAACGCGAAGUCGCAGGGUUGCUUAUUGUCUUCCGUCUCUGGCGUAUCAUUAAAAUUAUGGAGGCCGUUGCCAUGGGUGUGUCCAUUAGUGAAACGUCGUCUGUUGACAACGUCACUGCACAACUCAACAAGGAACGACAGCGCCGACAAGAACUGGAACAGCUCUUGGAACAGGAGUGUGCCAAAAGGGAGGCGCUAGAGCAGGAAAAUGAGAAGUUGAAGGGCAAUGUGGUUUAAUUGAUUGCUACUUUUAAUAGUAAUUUAUUUUUAAUCGAUCUUAUGCUACAUCUUAUGCUAUAACGCAUAUACUCUCAAAUGUCUACCGUUCUCGUGCUUCAGGUGACCAUGAUCCUGGAACAAAAUCCUGUUGUUCUCUCUUGGGUGCGGGUGGUCUGUUGCCUGCAGGAAAGCCUCAAUAAGUAAUGCCUCCUGUUCUUCCAGCUCUAAUUUGCGCUAUUG